AUGUUUUUCUAUCUGCGGAUCAGUCUGUCUUUAAAGAAGAAGACAUGGCGUCACGACUUCUCAUAAACAGUUGGAGGUGAAGAUGUAGGAAUUAUCAGAUUUUUUUUAAGUCAAACUUUAUUCUGUGUUGAGAUGGAAAUCAUGGCUGCGAAUCUGUCUGCUACCUCCCCGUCCACCUCCACGCUGCCGCCAUCUCCCUGUGUGGAAAACUUUGGUUUCCCAUUGUCCUCUCUGGAGAGUGAAGACUAUGUGUUUGUGGAGGCUCGGCAUUCCAACAAAGUUUUGGAAGGCUUGAAUAGCUUACGGCUCAAUAAUGCUUUCUGUGAUGUGACUCUGUGCUGCGGAGGGCAGGAGUUUCCCUGUCACCGCAUCGUACUGGCUUCUUUCAGCUCUUACUUUCAGGCCAUGUUCUCCACUGACCUGAUGGAGUCACGGCAGGAACGAGUUGCCAUCAAUGGGGUGGAGCCCCAAAUGAUUGGCAUGCUCGUGUGCUACGCCUACACCGCAGAGGUGGUGAUCUCCAAGGCUAAUGUGCAGGCGCUCCUUGCGGCUGCUAACCUGCUGGACGUGAUGGCGGUACGGGAGGCAUGCUGCAGGUUCAUGGAGCGUCAGAUGGAUGAAAUGAACUGCGUGGGCAUUCACUGUUUCGCUGAGGCACACUCAUGCCGAGAGCUGGAGCGAUGCAGUAUGGAAUACAUACAACAGCACUUUAGCACCGUCUGCCAACAGGAGGAGUUUCUUUCUCUUUGUGCCGAAAAACUGACUGAGAUCAUUUCCAGUGACCAUCUGAAUGUGCCAAAAGAAGAGACUGUAUUUGAGGCGUCCAUGCUCUGGUUUGAGAAGAACCCCUCACACAGACAGAGCUUUGAAAAGGUUCUCGAGCACAUCAGAUUGCCUCUCAUCAGUCCAUACUAUAUCCAUGAUGUUAUUGAGACGCUGGAUGUGGUAAAGGAAUCGUUCAAGUGCCAGAAGCUGAUCUCCGAAGCCAAGGAUUAUUUACUGCUUCAGGACCGCAGGGGAGAGCUGUACAGCUCCCGAGCACGGCCACGGCGCUCAACAGGAACAGCAGAGGUGAUAGUGACAGUCGGUGGAGAGGAUGACAAGGUUGUGUUACGCAGUGUCGAGAGUUUUGAUCCUCUUACAAGGCAGUGGAAGAGUCUGGCCUGCUUGCCCUUUGCCGUCAGCAAACAUGGCUUAGUCGUGUCGGGCUGUAUGCUGUAUUUGGCGGGAGGAGAAUUUCCAGAUGGCUCUGCCAGCAGAGAGAUGUGGCGCUAUGACCCAUGUUUUGACUCCUGGUUAGAGAUGGCACCCAUGAAUGUUGCUCGAUCAGAACUGGGGUUGGUGAUGUUGGAUGGAUAUGUGUUUGCUGUGGGUGGCUGGGAAGGUCGUUCUCGUCUGGACUCAGUCGAGUGUUAUGAUCCUCACACAAACGCAUGGCAGUUUAAGGAAUCGGUCAAGAUGGCGGUGACCAGUCCAGCUGUGGUGGCGCUGGAUGGAUUACUUUAUGUAACAGGUGGUGCUGUUUUGGAAGAUGGUGAUGGCACAGAUCUAGCACAGGUAUACAACCCUAAAACAUGCGUGUGGACAGAGGUGGCAUCCAUGCAGAUUGCUCGCUCUGGAUCUGCAGCCUGCACCUUGAAGGGCAAGAUUUACGUCAUAGGUGGCUGGCACGCUUCCACUGAGAACACAGAUAAGGUUGAGUGCUAUGACCCAAAGACCAACAAGUGGACCAUGUGUGCUCCCAUGAAGGAGAGACGCUAUCGACCCGGUGUGGCUGUAGUGGAUGGAAAAAUUUACGUUUUAGGGGGAGAGGAGGGAUGGGACAGGUAUCAUGACACUAUAGAGCGGUACUGUGAAGAAUCGGACAGCUGGGAGAUCGUCGGGGAGAUGCCCACCAGUCGAAGCUGGCUCAGCUGUGUCUCGCUGCAGCUGAGGAAGGACACUUACGCAAGUAGCCGUCCUGGCACUGCCUCCGAGACAGAGUUUCCUGUGGACUGAGAGAUUCUGAGCAUCAUCGCUGAUGCGAGUGGUCAGAACAGAAGGCCAGGGGUGCAGCUUUCUGACCGCCAUUUAGGAAUGGCAGUGAUCUGAUCCAACGGCUGGUGGGUCUUUAGAAAACACUUGUGUCAUAAGCUGGAUGGAUGGAUCUGUGGUGAUCGUAAGUGUGUGUCUCCACAGUGUUACGGCGUGUACACGGUAUCAGUUUAAUGUGACAUUAAAAUGAUCCACAGGGUUCUGCGCUGAGCAUCAUGAUUGUGAUUAUGAACAUGAUUUUUGUUUCCUUUUCUUUUUUACUUUUUGUAUGGUACAUUUGUUUUGUAUUUAUUAGAUGUUCUUUGUUGUGUAUGGUGUUAAUAGCACAAAUAAACACAAAAGAUAUAUUGACUGCCAUAACAUUAAAACAUUAAUGUACUGCAUAGUAUUCCAUGCAAUAGAAGAAUUCCAUAAUUACUUAAGAAAAUGGAUUGUUUACAUUAGAAUCAACAGAGCUGUCUACAUACUGGGAUGAGAGCACAUUGUGUACAUAAUAUCUGUUUUGGAUAAUAGCCUGUUGGUUAAUCGCUAAUUUCAUAUGUUUUAAGCAUGUUUACUUUUCUUUAAAACACCAGUGUAGUGCAACAAUAUAAUAUUUUAUGACCACAACUAAGUAUACAUCUUGAGUUUGUAUAGAAAAUAAGAGUAUGUCCCAUGUAUUUUCCGCCUUUUUUUUCCAAGACAUGAACAUUGACUUAAUAACAGGCUAUUUACUUGAUGGUUUGUUGCGCAAGUAUUGUUAGAGGUAAAUAUGAACCCCCAAAUUUGUGUAAGAAUGUUAUAUAGUUAGAAAUGAAUCUUGCUUCUGUUGAUCACUGUCGUAAAUGUGCUUAAAAAACUUACAGGAGAAAGGUUUUAAACGUAUCAAUGCCUUACGUUUUUUGCAAUAUGUACAAAUUGGACAUAAUGCACUAGUGUUUUAAAGUCAAAAGUGUCAUAUUUCCUCCGAUUUUAACAAUCCAUGAUUUUUGUGGAUCUUUGUCCUGUGGAAAUUUGUAAAAUGUAUUUGUGUGUGUGUGUGUGUGUGUGUGUGUGUGUGUGUGUGUGUGUGUGUGUGUGUGUGUGUGUGUGUGUGUACCUGGUAAUUAUCACAUUGUGGGGACCAAUUGUCCCCACAAAGAUAGGAAUACCAGUGUUUUUGUGACCUUGUGGGGACAUUUUGAUGUCCCCAUGAGGAAA